ACCGUGGAGGAAAGCGAGCGGCGGGAGUGGGCGUGUCAUCUUGAGGAGGAACGUGCGCACUGUGCGUGAUGACGUAAAGGACGCUGAUUGGGAGCGAGCGCUGGAGCCUGUGCGUGCGCGGCGCCCCGCCUCCGUCCAAAUUGAUCUCUUCCUUGUGCCUCAGUGAGCAAUAAACAAUAUGUCAGGCUGGGAGUCUUAUUACAAAAACGAGGGCGAUGAAGAAGGAGAGCAAGAAGACGGCCUUGAAGCCGGUGGAGAAUAUACAUAUUCAGGAAGAGAUAGUUUGAUUUUUUUGGUUGAUGGUUCUAGGGCCAUGUUUGAAUCUCAGGGUGAAGUUGAACUGACUCCUUUUGACAUGAGCAUCCAGUGUAUCCAGAGUGUGUAUACCAAUAAGAUCAUAAGCAGUAAUCAAGAUCUCUUGGCAGUGGUGUUCUAUGGUACUGAGAAGGAUAAAAAUUCAGUGAAUUUCAAAAAUAUUUACGUCUUACAGGAGUUGGAUAAUCCAGGUGCUAAACGAGUGCUUGAGCUUGACCAGUUUAAGGGGGAGCGCGGGAAAAAACAUUUCCAAGACCUAAUUGGCCAUGGAUCUGACUACUCACUGAGUGAGGUGCUGUGGGUCUGUGCCAACCUCUUUAGCGAUGUCCAGGUUAAGAUGAGCCAUAAGAGGAUCAUGCUGUUCACCAAUGAAGAUGACCCCCAUGGCAAUGACAGUGCCAAAGCUAGCAGGGCCAGGACCAAAGCUGGGGAUCUCCGUGACACAGGUAUCUUCUUGGACUUGAUGCACUUGAAGAAACGUGGGGGUUUUGACAUAUCCUUGUUCUACCGAGAUAUCAUCAGCAUAGCAGAGGAUGAGGACCUAGGGGUUCACUUUGAGGAAUCGAGCAAGCUAGAAGACCUGUUGAGGAAGGUUCGUGCCAAGGAGACCCGGAAGCGUGUCCUCUGCAGGUUGAAGCUUAAGCUCAGCAAAGAUACUGCGCUCACUGUCGGCAUUUAUAAUAUGGUCCAGAAGGCUGUCAGACCUGCUCCGGUGAGGCUUUAUCGGGAGACCAAUGAACCAGUGAAAUCCAAAACCCGGACAUUUAAUGUAAAUACGGGCAGUUUGCUUCUGCCUAGUGACACCAAGAGAUCUCAGAACUAUGGGAAUCGUCAGAUUGUACUAGAGAAAGAGGAAACAGAAGAGCUGAAACGCUUUGAUGAACCAGGUUUGAUUCUCAUCGGUUUCAAGCCCUUGAUAAUGCUGAAGAAGCACCAUUACCUGAGGCCCUCCCUGUUUGUGUACCCUGAAGAGUCCUUGGUGAAUGGGAGCUCAACCCUGUUUAUUGCUCUGCUCACCAAGUGUCUGGAGAAGGAGGUCAUGGCAGUGUGCAGAUACACCCCCCGUCGGAACAUCCCUCCUUAUUUUGUGGCCUUGUUGCCACAAGAAGAGGAGCUAGAUGACCAGAAAAUUCAAGUGACACCCCCAGGCUUUCAGCUUGUCUUCUUACCCUAUGCUGAUGAUAAACGCAAGGUGCCCUUUACUGAAAAAGUCAUGGCAAACCCAGAGCAGAUAGACAAGAUGAAGGCUAUUGUUCAGAAGCUCCGAUUCAAUUACAGAAGUGACAGCUUUGAGAACCCAGUGCUACAGCAACACUUCAGGAACCUGGAGGUGCUGGCUUUGGAUUUGAUGGAACCCGAGCAGGCGGAGGAUCUGACACUGCCUAAGAUUGAAGCAAUAGAUAAAAGACUGGGCUCCUUGGUGAAUGAGUUUAAGGAGCUUGUCUACCCACCAGAUUACAGUCCUGAAGGAAAAGCUCCCAAGCGGAGACAAGAUGAUGAAGGUCUUGGAAGCAAAAGGCCCAAGAUGGAGUUAUCUGAAGAGGAGCUGAGGGCCCAUGUCAACAAGGGCACGCUGGGUAAGCUCACUGUGCCCAUGCUGAAGGAAGCCUGCAGGGUGUGUGGGCUGAAAGGUGGGUUGAAGAAGCAGGAGCUGCUGGACAUACUCACUAAGCACUUCCAGAAGAACUGACCAGCCAGCCAGCCACCCUUCUGCACUACAGCCAGGCUGCCUAGUUUUGUUCUCAUCAAGUUAAAAUAUGUUUCUCCUGAACCAGGAAGAGUCUGCCUGAUAAAAGCCAAGGACCUUACACUUAUGGACCUUACAUUUAGUGGAGACUUUCUGUUGCCAUGGAGACCGCAUAGUCCUCCCACUUUGCUGUGCUUUACUGUCUGAAUAAAGAUCCCUAACUUUGUACUAUA